ACUCUCACGUCUCGCGCCGACCAGCUCAUCUGGGUUUCCUCCAGUCGAGCAGCCAUAAAAUCAUCGCCCACUGCAACACACCUCGGCACUUCCCUCCUAAAGAAUCUCUUCUUCCUAAACGUGUUUCGUUCAAAUCUCCUCCACAUGGCUCCUCGCAAGAAGCAAGUCUCAGCAACCUGCGCAGGCCCUCAAGCCCACGAGAGUUGUAAAGCCAAAGAGCAACGCAGAGAAGAAAACACCCACGAGGCGAUCGGCACGCCUGAUCGAAAAGUCCUUCGAGGUCGUACGCUUACCGAAUAGCCUCAUCAACAUGGGAAAGACCCCUGAGCACCUGGUCGAGAUCCUGCAACGCAAUGCCGCGCAAUCACCUCUUCUACACCUGCCCGCCGAGAUUAGGAACCGAGUCUGGGAGCUCGCAAUGGGCGGAAACCUCGUCGAAAUCUGCCAGCAUAACGAAUUCACCCGCACGACUAUUCGUGUCAGCCUUGGAGGGAACGCGGUCAAGCGUGUUGGUUAUGGUUUUAGCACUGUCGAGUCAGCCUUCCAUCUCCCCGAAGUCUGCCGCCAGAUCUACACCGAAACCGCAACGCUCGGCUACGCCCUGAAUACGUUCCUCUUCAACGGCGCCGGUGAAUUUCGACCUUAUGCGGGAUUGGGCUGGUCUCCUGGUGCCGGCUCAGCUCGAGGCUGUGACUGAUGUGGAGCUGCGCCCGCUGACCUUAGAGCCAUACUGCAGUGGC